ACAAGCUCAACAUGUUCCAGAAGGACGAGCUGUAAGACCGACUCCAAGCCGAGACGGUAUUCGAGGCUUUUUACAAGCAUGUGAAGAUCAGACUUCAUCUUUCAACUGGCAAAACGUUCUUCUGGCUGUUGGUGCAACACUUGGAAUCUCUGGAAAGGCCAUAAGCAAUGCCUUCUGUAAUAUUCAGAGGCUUACUCAGUAUGCUACCCCUAGUCCAGCAUUUCCCCGAGGAACGCCUCAUACACUUAGAGACGGACCGUGGCGUUUGCAGCAUCAUCACAUGGGCACAUCAUAUUCUAGGCUUACCAAUCUUGGUGAGAUUACACGAUAGCGGAGAAAUUGUGGAGUACCACUUUGGUUCGUCUGAAGUUAUCAUUAUCGAUGUUCGCAGUAAGGUCCAGGAAAGCUUCUUACCAUCGGGUGAACCUACUAUGAGGCGCAGCCUUCCAACGAUCACUCUUCUUGAAAGUUCAGGUAAGGAAAGAUUAUUUACGAUGGUAGAAGAGCCCGACGAAGAUGUAAUUGAUGCUACUUUUAAGACCCCUGCAUGCGGGUAUGGAAGUAAAAUCUUCAACGCAGAGGUCUCGCUAGAGGACGGCAAAGAAAAGGUGAUUACAGAGAUGGCACAUAUAGCAACGGCAUUUGCUAUCUGCAUAUCAAAGGUACUUAGUGUUUCAAGCAAUGACGCUCCCUCUACUGCUUCCGCCGCAGUAAGUCCUUUGUCGGACACUGUCUCUGAGGGUGUUGAUAUUGAAGAUCGAAGUGUACGGGAUGAAGCAUGCUCCCUCUUGCCGUACGAAGUUUCCAAAACUCGUAUUUACGAGGCAGCCACCUUACUCUUCGGUGACUUGAAACUCAUGCGGAAGAAAGUAGACCAAUACGUGGUUAAGUACUCUGAGCGACCUGUGUCUGAGCUUCCAAUACCUGAAGUAAUCUCGGCGAUGAUUCAAGGCUGGCCGGAAAGAGGCGCCCGUAUGCCAUCAGAGGCUGCAGGUUCUGCAACAGAAUGGCCGAGGUUUCGCCAAAUUGCAAUGCAGCUUAGCACCUUGAUCCUCGCGUUUGCACACGUUACCGAUCUCCACGCGGCUUCCGGCUUGCCUCUGUGUCAGUUUCCUCACCUACUAUCUGGCACUGAUCUAUUGAAGCAAAUAGCGACGUGGGAUGGGUCUAAGCCACUUCAGAUCAAAAGUGACGUUUGGUUUGAAGUAAUAGUACAACUCACCAUCGGCCAUACAACGGAAACCUCUUUCGAGACGACCAGUUUAAUAAGUGCACGCGGAUGGAGUAUUUUCUUGAAUACCUUUGGCGAUGCUGAUCCGAGUUAUAUAGAUCCAGGGUUCCUUGCCAUCAAAAAAGGAGUCCCGUGCCGAAACGGUGUCUGGAAACAUCGAGUGAUCGAUGGCCCUAAUCAGGUCCGCGACCAUUUGAUUUGGAAACUAGAGGCAAGCCCCGGAGAAUCCGUUGCACUCUCCUGUGCUGCAACCGUUACUUGCGGAACCCCUCUUGUAGGCGAGCGCGAGGACAACUUUGUUGUCAGUAUUAGAGUACAGACCGUGGAUGGCGGUGUCUCUGAUAGUUCAAGUACUCCAAACAUCAUUCGGCGAACUGGCUACAACGAGCUUGCAAAAGCUCUUUGGAGAACUCAGAGAUCCAAGCCUUGCCAGCAUCACCCACGACUUGGUGAGAAGGUUGUUCUCGAACCGGGAGUUAUAGCUGUGUCUGGAUUCGGGGAUUGCAAAGAUAUGAAGGAUCUUGGAGGAUCAGACAUAAUAAUUUGCUUGACUGCUUGCGAUCCUACCGCCCGAUGGCGGGCUCUGCUUUCAAUGGCUUGUCAAAGCACAGCUGAAGGAUGUGGAUAUCCACCGGUCAUGCUCCGGGGAAGAGAUUGCUGCUUUUCAUGUGUGAUUCAGCAGACUUGGCAGAAGGGUGCACCAGGCGAUACCUGGUGCAUCGUCCUGUAACUCUAGAAAAGUAGCAAGAUAUUCAUUUUCACGCUCUUUGAAUCUUAUCUAUCGAAAUUCAAGAUCGCUUUGAUGUUUUGCAUGGGUUUUAAUGGCAAUAAAUUCUUUGUUCG